AUGUUAGCAAGUUUAAAUGGUUUUUGUGUUUUAGAUUUCAGCUAUUCAAUCAAUCAGUCAAUCAAGAACAGUAGUACCCAAAAAGAAAAAAAUAAUUCAUAUACCCAUGUGUUCAUCCCAUUUGUUUUGAAGUCUCAAUUUGUGCUUUUUUUGUUUCUUUUUUUUUUUCAAUUUUUUUAUUCCGGUUAUCUAUUUAUUUUCUAUAAAACGGUGAUAGCACAAGCAAUCAAUGCAAUAUGUAUGUGAUUGAGUGGCAUCAUCCUUUUUCUUCAUGCCCUGCACAUGGUUGAUGGUGCCCAACUUUCCAGCAAAAUAAAUAUUCUCCUUCUGUGGUGCAAUUAGAAACAAGUCUAAUCCACAUAGCUAGCCAUUCUCACAAGCCAAGCCAUCAUGAACAACAGGCCAUUGAAGAAGACGACUUCAUUUCCCCUGAAAAAUUCUCCUUCAAUGCAAUUCCCAAACCCUCCUCCUCAACCACAAGCAUAUCUUCCCAAAAGUCCUAUGCUUGAAUUGCCAACAUCUCCUCACCUAGGCCUGGGAGAAGAAGUAUUUCUUUCCCUUCACCACCAACAUGGCUUGUAUAAGGUUGACAUGCCCGAACUCUUCACCUGCGCAGGCUGCAAGGAAUACGGCUCAGGCACGAGGUUCACUUGCCUACAAUGCGAUUUUCAGUUACAUGAGUUCUGCGGUUUGGUUCCUCGAGAACUCAAGGCCCAUCCUCUCCACAUGCAUCACCAACUCUUAUUCUCUUCAAAAGCAGUUAAAGGUGGAAUUUUAAAAUCAAAGUGUGACGUUUGUGGGAAGGCUGCAAAAGGUUACACUUUCAGAUGCAACGCCUGUAGUUAUCAGAUGCAUCCUUGCUGUGCUAUGCUGUCCUACGAAAUUAAAAUUUCAGUGCAUCCACACCCACUAAAAAUCCUCCCAGCUGCCAUGACCAUGAGUUUUCCAAAUGGGGAACCUGGUUUUGUAUGCGGAGAAUGCAAUAGGACCAAGAGAUCAGGCCGAGUGUAUCGUUGCACGGUUUGUGAGUACCAUCUGCACGCAGUUUGUGCAAAGAACAUGGUCAAUGGCCUUCAAGCCAACGGCAUUAAGGGCGUUGAGAAGUCCAGCAUGUUGGGAACUGCAGCUCGGCUUGCCUCUCAGGUAAUCAUCGAAUUCAUCGGAGGGCUCAUCGAGGGGCUUGGGGAAGGCGUCGGACAAGCCUUAAUUCAAAGUAUUGCUAGAGGAAGGCGCCCUACAAGGCCUCCAAUUGAAUAAUACAUAAACUGUUUGCUUUAUCUUGAACAGGCUGAUAUAUAUAUAUAUAUAUAUAUAUGCAAGUUUGGAUAAAAAAAAAUGCAUAUAUUGAUGGGAUUUCAGAUGUAGGUUGAUGAUGUGUAGUGUUCAAUGUGGGAGAUACAAGUUAUGUGAUUAGGGAUUGGGUCAUUGUGUAUUUACAAAUUACAAGUAUAUUAUUGUAUUGUACAUUGAGAUCAGACCUGUCAAUAAAUUCAUUGGAGGGCUCAUCGAGGGGCUUGGGGAAGGCGUCGGACAAGCCUUAAUUCAAAGUGUUGCUAGAGGAAGGCGCCCUACAAGGCUUCCAAUUGAAUAAUACAUAAACCGUUUGCUUUAUCUUGAAUAGGCUAAUAUAUAUAUAUAUAUAUGCAAGUUUGGAUAAAAAAAAAUGCAUAUAUUGAUGGGAUUUCAGAUGGAGGUUGAUGAUGUGUAGUGUUCAAUGUGGGAGAUACAAGUUAUGUGAUUAGGGAUUGGGUCAUUGUGUAUUUGCAAAUUACAAGUAUAUUAUUGUAUUGUACAUUGAGAUUAGAUCUGUCAAUAAAUUCAUUGGAGGGCUCAUCGAGAGGCUUGGGGAAGGCGUCGAACAAGCCUUAAUUCAAAGUGUUGCCAGAGGAAGGCGCCCUACAAGGCCUCCGAUUGAAUAAUACAUAAACCGUUUGCUUUA